UCUUAAUAAAUCUAGAGAUCCACCACUCAGGAGAGGGAGAGAGAGAGAGAGACUCAGUACCAUUUCUUCUUCCACCAAUUUCUCUGACGCGCUUUCUUCUCAGCUCUCUCAUCUUCACGUCCGGCGCAUUUCGUGCGAAGAGCUAAAGGUUUUUUUUUUUUUUGGAGCUCAUGGACAGCUUCUGGCAAUUGGGUGAUGAGCUACGAGGUCAGACUCAGUCACGAGCAUCAGAGGAUCACAAAUGGUCCACCGUCGCAACCAAGCUCGCUGAGCAGACUAGGAUGAAAAGCGAAAGGUCGAACAACCUCGAUCUCUCCAAAGCUGGUUACUCUGAGUUCAGACCAACCGACAAGCUUAGUUUCCACCACAACAACAACGACCUUAACUUCAAUAUGUUUAACAGCAGCAAUGUUUACAACAACAUGAAUGCUGCUACUGUUUUCCAGAAGAAUGAUUUCUUCAAAAGUGGAGGAGGCAACACGAAGGUUAACAAGUAUAAUGGUAAUGUUGUUGUUGCUAACAAAGAGCUGAGCAAACACAACAACAGCAAUGAUAAUGCUGUUGACAAGAGGUUUAAGACCCUGCCUGCGUCGGAGACGCUUCCAAGGAACGAAGUUCUUGGCGGGUACAUCUUUGUUUGUAACAACGAUACCAUGGAGGAGGACUUGAAGCGUCACCUCUUUGGGUUACCUCCAAGAUACAGGGACUCUGUGAGGGCAAUAACACCUGGAUUGCCUCUGUUUCUUUACAAUUACACCACUCACCAGCUCCAUGGUAUCUUUGAGGCAACAACUUUUGGAGGUACUAAUAUAGAUGCGACUGCUUGGGAAGACAAAAAGUGCAAAGGAGAGUCAAGGUUUCCCGCGCAGGUAAGGAUCAGAGUGAGGAAAAUCUGCAAAGCCUUGGAAGAGGAUUCCUUCAGGCCUGUUCUUCACCACUACGAUGGUCCAAAAUUCCGCCUUGAGCUCUCUGUUCCCGAGACAUUGAAUCUGCUAGAUCUCUGCGAACAAGCUGGUUCUCCAUAAAGCCGAUCAACCUUGGCAUUACCACGUUGCUAAGUGGAGGCGUGGCGUUCUGUCUGAAAUCUAUAUCUAUAUAUAUAUAUGCAUAGUACCGUAAGAGCGUAAGCUUGUGGGAUUUAGUUAAGAGUCAUGUAUGGUUUACUAAGUGAGGAGUGUGUGCGUCUUAGCAAAAGGGUGAAGAGGCUCCGGGGAAUAAGCACACGACUCUCAGUUCUUGUUGUGUCUCUAAUGUGAGUUUGUCUCUGUGUGUUGUGAGAGAUUUGAUAACUCCUUUGAAACAUAAGAUUUUAUGUAGAAGAAUAUAUAUAGAGAGAAAGUGAGAGUAAACAACAGAGCCAGAAACAAUGGAAUGAGCUUCUGUUUGUGUUUGCUUGUGUAAGGAAAGUUUAAACAAAUGUUGUUGUGUUUCA